AUGGCAGAAAAGCUGAUUGGUUAUCCCGAAAAGUUAUUGUGUCCAUGCAAAGGUUGUCGAAACUUAAGUCACCAAUGUAUUAGCAUUUUGUAUGAACACUUAGUCAUUUAUGGGAUUGAUCCAACAUACAAAAUCUGGUUUCAUCAUGGGGAAGAAUUAUCAAGAGAUGAUGAUAUAGAGACAAUGGAAGCCUUUGAUUCUUACAACUUGUUUAGGGCAACAAAUAUCGAUGGUUGUGAUUUUGAAAGUCAUGUAGAAGGUCAUGAUGACACUUUUAUGGGAAAAAUAGAAGAUGCAGACACUCUAUUAUAUCCACAAUGCACUAAAUAUACUAAGUUAUCAUCAAUUGUUGCAUUAAAAGAUAAAGAAAACUUGCAAGAAUGUCCAACAUGUGGAACUUCACGUUGGAUGUUAGAUAAACUGACUAAAAAGGAGAAUAUUUUAUUAUCAAUGUUAAUUCCAGGACCUAAACAACCUGGGAAUAAUAUUGAUAUAUACUUAGAACCUCUUGUAGAGGACUUGAAAUUAUUAUGGAAUGAGGGAGUUGAUGCUCAUGAUGCAUUGGACAAUACGAAUUUCAAGUUGCGGGCUAUUUUGAUGUGGACAAUCCAAGAUUUUCCAGCAUACGGGAACCUUGCUGGUUGUAAAAAUAAGGGACGUUUCAGUUGUCCCUUAUGUGGUUAUGGUACUCAUUCAGAGUGGCUAAAACAUAGUGGGAAGUUUUCAUACCGAGGUCAUCAGAAAUUUCUUCAAGAAGACCAUCCAUUUCGGAGUAAAAGAAGUUGGUUUGAUGGAGAAGAAGAGCAUGGAAAUCCGCCAAGAAUCAUGAAUGGGACUACAAUUGCUGAACACCUUAAAGAUUUUGUGAAUGAAUUGUAUGUUCAUCACAAAUUGGAUGUGAUGCACAUAGAGAAGAAUGUUUGUGAAAGCAUUUGUAAUACAUUGCUAGAUGUUGCUGGAAAAAGUAAAUAUGGACUAAAAGCUCGCUUGGAUUUGCAACAUAUGGGUAUUAGGAGUGCAUUGCACCCACAUGAGAAGGGGACUAGAACCUAUCUUCCUGCAGCUUUACACACACUAUCAAAGCUUGAGAAAGAAUUAUUUUGUAAAAGGUUGUUCUCAUUGAAAGUACCUGAUGGAUAUAGCUCAAAUAUUCAAAAUUUUGUUUCAAUGGAACAAUGCAAGCUCAUGGGCCUUAAGUCACAAGAUUUCCACAUUUUGAUGCAACAAUUACUAUCAGUGGCUAUAAAAGGAUUGAUGCCAGUGGGUCCAAGAGAUGCUAUAAUGAGAUUAUGCUUAUUCUUUAAUCGAAUAUGUCAACGUGUUCUUGAUAGAGAAAGCAUAAUGGCAUUAGAAAAUGAUGUUAUUGAAACUUUAUGCUUACUAGAGAGAUUCUUUCCACCAUCAUUUUUUGAUGUCAUGAUUCACUUAGUGGUUCAUAUCGGACGAGAAGCACGACUAUUUUACAUGGACAUUAUAUUAAUGAUGAGCAAUUGUGUGAUUAAUAGACGCAUGAAGAUAUUGAAAGAUUAUGUCAAAAAUCGAGCAAGGCCUGAAGGUCGUCCAAUUUCUAAGAGGAAAGAAAUUAUAUUGACAGAUGAGUUGUUAGAAAUUGCACAUCGAUACAUUCUGUUAAAUACAUCUGUUGUGGAGCCUUUUCUAGAGAUUCACCUAGAUGAGUUGAAAAAAAUGAACAAAAUAUAUGAGAGAAAUAGUGGAUUACUUUGGAAGAAACAUAUACAAACUUUUUCAACAUGGAUGAAGGAAAAGGUUCCUAUGCAUUCCUCAAGUUGUGAUGAAACUGAUUUGUUGAAAUGGCUAGCAUAUGGACCCAGAAAACAUGCUGCUUCUUACACUGGAUAUAUUAUCAAUGGUCAAAGAUUUCAUAUACAUGACAUUGAGAAGUCCACACAGAAUAGUGGUGUCUCAAUUGAAGCAACAACUAUGUGUAGAUCUAGUGCCAAAGAUGUAUCUCAAGUUCCUAAUUUAGUUUCAUACUAUGGGGUUAUAAGGGAGAUAAUCUUGUUAGAUUACUACAUAGUUCAGAUUCCAAUUUUCAAAUGUGAUUGGGCAAAUGUCCCUAAUGUUGUUAAGGUGGAGGAUAGUCUUACUUUAGUUAAUCUACACCAAAGUCAAUGGUCUGUUGGUAGAGACCCUUUUAUUUUAGCCUCACAAGCUAAACAGGUCUUCUACUCAAGAGAACAUGAUUCUUCCAAUUGUGGAAGAUGA